UUAUAUUUUCCCUCUCUCUCUGCAGAUAAUCUUCCCAUUCCACUGGCAGUGUCCGUACAUCCCCCUCUGUCCACUUGGGCUCUCGGACCUUCUUAAUGCUCCCAUCCCCUUCCUCCUUGGCCUGGAUUCCAGGUUCUUUGAUUUGUACGACCCUCCCCAAGAUGUGAUAUGUAUAGACCUCGACACAGGAGCCAUGUCUGUACCUGAUGACAAGAAACAUUUUGUUACCAAGAUUCUCCCAAAUCGUCCUGUUCGUGUUCUCCGUGCAUCACUGGACAGCCUCUGUGAGAAGAUACAUAAGUUUGAGAAGUCUUUACAGCAACAUCUGAAGUCACAGAAAAUUGAGCCAAACAGCAGCAUUGACUCAGAUUUCAAAAUGAAGAGAAAAGAGCAACAACUUGAUAUAGAGAUCCAGGAGGCAUUUCUGCGCUUCACCGCCACCAUCUUGAAGGGCUACAGUGCCUAUUUACUUCCAAUUGUGUCAGCCAAAGCCGGUGCUGCAUGUGAUACUUCCUCCUUGUUUGAUCUUGAUGCUUUUGUCAAAUCAAGAGACAAGAAGUACCACAAGUUUUACCAGCUGAUGGUCAGCACUCAGAUGUUUAGCAAGUUUAUCGAGGAGCGUUCAUUUGUGUCGGACAAGGAUGCUUCCCUGGCUUUCUUUGAUGACUGUGCUGAGAAGGUGAUUGAGGAGGACACCACCGUUCGUCUGCUGGAGGUGGAGUUGGCCCAGAGUGAACACACGCUCUUUCUUCCUCCACCAGAACCUCUGUACCUACCUGAAGGUGUUACUUAUAGUUAUUCUGGUUUUCCUAAACUUAAACCUGAAUUGUUUCCUCUUCGUGAGCCCAAGCCUGCACUACCCCCGCAGGUCAAAGCCCCUCAGACUGCUCCUGCUUCCCCCCUGGCCCGUCGCACAAAACAAGAAGUAAAAACGGAUCAGAGACUUGCCUCAAAGUAUUCACUGACACCUAUACUGUGGGCCAAGUGUUUGCUCUCCACAUGCUAUAGCUUGUGGUUCACACAGCUCCCGGCAUUUGCCCUGACGCAGCACCACAAGGCUCGCUUUUUGCAGUUGGCUUUCAAGAUCCUCACCAACAUGCAGAAGCUACAUCUUUCACAAGCUGAUGAAGUGAGUUACCGUGUGAUGAUGCAGCUAUGUGGACUCUACUCCCAGCCCAUCAUGGCCGUCAAGGUGCUGUGUGAGAUGCGUCAGAAUGGCAUCACACCCAACGCCAUCACCUAUGGCUACUACAACCGGGCCGUUAUGGAGAAUAAGUGGACUCACUCAAACCUCUUUUGGAAUAAACUCAGGAAUGUGGUGAUUGGUGUGUCAGCAUUCAAGCGUUCGGGCUUGGAACGGGCUCAGAGAAGAAAAUCGUCUCUCUCCCUGGAUGUGGUGGACAAGUGCCUAACAGAUGCUGACAGUGCCUCACGAGUGUCGCUGGAGAGUGGCACCUCCCUGGACUCCCAUCCCCCUGCACCCCAUGCCAAGACUGACACUCUAAGCUCAGAUCCAGGGUAUUGCUCUGUCAGCGAGACGAGCGAAAGUGUUAGUUCUCCCGGGGCACCGCCAACGGCUGGUGAGUAUGAGCUCUCAGUCAUCACAGUACAGUAAUGUUACACCACUAGAGGAGAAUUUAGGGUUAUAAUAACUGAUAUUUGUUGGCUGAAGAUUGGUUGUAGUGUUGUGUUAUCUGGCCACAAGAGCUGUAGCCAUUCCCAGACUAAAUAUGGGAAGUUACAUCGUGUAUCACUGUACAGUACUUUCACCCGAAUUGGCACUUGGUGCAAAUAAUGUGCUUCUCUUGCCUGUCUCCUGAUAACUACUACAGUAUAUUAAAGGGUUAUCAUAGAUCAAGAAUAUAGUGUUUUGCCUGAGAAAAAAUUGCUUCCCUAUUAUAUGACAGGACACCCAGUAGACGUACAGUACAGUAAGUCCCUGAUAA